CGCAGAGCCGGGCUGGACGCUCGUCACGGAGGGAGGGGGGGCGUAGGGAGCGGGAGCUGCCGCCGCUGCCGCCGCCGGAGCUAACCGCGGGGACCGAGAUGCAGCUGCUGCCGCUCACCCCGUGUCUCCUGGCCGCCUCCCUCCUCGCUGCCCCUCCCCACAGGCUCCUCCUCUCCACCUCCUGGGGACUAUCAUGAAUGGUGCCCCUUCCCCAGAGGAUGGGGCCUCCCCCUCCCCGCCGCCCCUUCCACCACCCCCUCCCCCGAGUUGGAGGGAGUUCUGUGAGUCCCAUGCCCGGGCUGCCGCCCUGGAUUUUGCCCGACGUUUUCGCCUUUACCUGGCCUCCCACCCCCAGUACGCGGGGCCUGGGGCUGAGGCCGCCUUCUCCCGCCGUUUCGCUGAGCUCUUCCUGCAGCACUUUGAAGCCGAGGUGGCCCGGGCCUCUGGCUCCCUCUCACCACCCAUUCUGGCACCCCUGAGUCCUGGUGUGGAGAUCUCGCCACAUGACCUGUCCCUUGAGAGCUGCAGGGUGGGUGGGCCCCUGGCUGUGCUGGGCCCUUCUCGAUCAUCUGAGGACCUGGCCGGCCCCCUCCCUUCCUCAGUCUCUUCCUCUUCUACGACCGCCUCGAAGCCGAAGCUAAAGAAACGCUUCUCCCUCCGCUCAGUGGGUCGCUCUGUCCGAGGUUCAGUCCGUGGCAUCCUGCAGUGGCGGGGGGCUGUGGACCCUCCCUCCCCAGCUGGGCCCCUGGAGACCUCAUCAGGCCCCCCAGUCUUGGGUGGAAACAGCAACUCCAACUCCUCUGGUGGGGCUGGGACCAUGGGUAGAGGACUGGUUAGUGAUGGACCGUCCCCUGGGGAAAGAUGGACUCACCGCUUUGAGAAGCUGAGACUAAGUCGGGGAGGGGGAACCUUGAAGGAUGGAGCAGGGAUGGUACAGAGGGAAGAGCUGCUGAGUUUCAUGGGGGCAGAAGAGGCAGCUCCUGACCCUGCUGGAGUAGGCCGGGGAGGAGGAGCAGCUGGGUCAGCCUCGGGGGGUGGAGGGCAGCCUCAGUGGCAGAAGUGUCGCUUACUGCUUCGAAGUGAAGGAGAAGGAGGAGGAGGAAGUCGCCUGGAGUUCUUUGUGCCACCCAAGGCGUCUCGGCCCCGACUCAGCAUUCCCUGCUCUGCUAUCACGGAUGUCCGGACAACCACAGCCCUGGAGAUGCCCGACCGGGAGAACACGUUUGUGGUUAAGGUGGAAGGCCCCUCAGAGUAUAUCCUGGAGACGACUGAUGCCCUACAUGUGAAGGCCUGGGUGUCCGACAUCCAAGAAUGCUUGAGCCCAGGACCUUGCCCUGCUACCAGCCCUCGCCCCAUGACCCUCCCUCUGGCCCCGGGGACCGCAUUCCUUACAAGGGAGAACACAGACAGCCUGGAGCUGCCCUGCCUGAACCACUCAGAGAGCCUGCCCAGCCAGGAUCUGCUGCUGGGACCCAGCGAGAGCAAUGAGCGCCUAUCUCAGGGGGCAUAUGGGGGCCUCUCAGACCGCCCCUCGGCAUCCAUCUCCCCCAGUUCUGCCUCCAUUGCCGCCUCCCAUUUUGACUCAAUGGAACUGCUGCCCCCAGAGUUGCCCCCCCGCCACCCCAUUGAAGAAGGACCUUCCGCAGGGACAGCUCACCCCCUCUCAGCCCCCUACCCUCCCCUAGACACUCCGGAAGCAGCCACAGGGUCAUUCCUGUUCCAGGGGGAGUCAGAGGGAGGUGAGGGGGACCAGCCCCUCUCAGGAUAUCCUUGGUUCCACGGGAUGCUUUCUCGACUCAAGGCUGCGCAGUUAGUGCUGACAGGAGGCACUGGCUCCCACGGUGUCUUCCUGGUACGACAGAGUGAGACGAGGAGGGGAGAGUAUGUCCUCACUUUCAACUUCCAGGGCAAGGCCAAGCACCUGCGUUUGUCGCUGAAUGAGGAGGGGCAGUGCCGGGUCCAGCACCUGUGGUUCCAGUCCAUUUUCGAUAUGCUCGAGCAUUUCCGGGUGCACCCCAUCCCUCUGGAGUCUGGAGGCUCCAGUGACGUUGUCCUUGUCAGCUAUGUCCCGUCCUCCCAGCGUCAGCAGGAAUCGAACACCUCCCAUGACCCACCCCAGCCCCCUGAACCCCCUUCGUGGACAGAUCCCUCACAUCCUGGGACAGAAGAGGCGUCGGGGGCGCCAGAAGUGGCGGCAGCAACAGCCGCAGCAGCCAAAGAGAGGCAAGAGAAAGAGAAAGCGGGCAGUGGAGGGGUCCAGGAAGAGCUGGUCCCCGUGGUUGAGCUGGUCCCCGUGGUUGAAUUGGAAGAGGCCAUAGCACCAGGCCUGGAGGCCAUGGGAGGCACUGGACCUGGUGGGGACACCGGAGUGACCCUAACGGUGCAGAUCCAGCAGUUGCCACUAGGGGGCGAUGGAGAAGAAGGGGGCCAUCCCAGAGCCAUUAAUAAUCAGUACUCCUUCGUGUGAGACCUACCCCAUCCAUUCUCUACCCUUUGUGCUCCCCAGUCUUUGGCUCCCGAGAUUGGGCUGGUGGGGACAUGGAGGAGAGCUAGGAAUCCCCUCCUCCUAUGCUUCCUGACCCUUGUUGGCCAAGGGCACGUACGUUGGUACAAGCAGAGGUUUAAGAACCCUCAACUCCUCAGUUCAUACACUACAGGUGCCCCUUCCCCUGGGCAGGGGAUUUGGACUCCAUUACCUCCCUGAGGGGCUCUUAUGGUCAGCCUCAUCCCUGGGGGCCAUUUCCCCACUAACCACCCCCUAGCCCAAGGAAGGGUGAGGGGGAAGGGCUGUCAGUUAAUAUUAAGGUGGUUGUUGUUGUUGUUUUAAACAAAAUGGAGAAGCAUAAAUAAAUAAAAGGGUU